AUGUUUUCUAGUACCGCGCUGUUUGGUGGUAAUCCGGGCCAGACGAAUUACACUGCUGCCAACGCGUAUCUGCAGGCGCUGGGGCAAUACAGGCGGAGCAAGGGUCUCGCUGCCUCCAUAAUCCACAUCGGCGCCGUGAUGGGCAUCGGCUACCUGACCCGCAACAGCCGCGAAGCCGAAUUCCUGACCCUCUUUGCCGAGGCAGUCGUAUCCGGCCGCCGGGUCCACGGCGUCGACGGCGUGCACGCCAAGAAGGCCAUUGACAUGUCCGAGACGGAGAUUGGUAGCGGUAUUCCCGCGCUGGAGUCGCGGCACAAGGAGACCAUCAAGUUCUACCAUGACCCGCGAUUCGGGAAUCUGAAGACGCCGGAGAGCAGGGGCGAUGCCGCUGAUGCGGGCGGGAGCAAGAUGGGCGUCAAGGAGAUAGAAGAGAGCCUCUCCGACAAGAUGCGCGGCGUGCUUCAUAUCCCGCCGGAAGAGAGCGUCAACGCGGCCGCUCCCCUCCUGGACCAGGGCAUCGACUCGCUCGGCGCCAUCACCGUCGCUUCAUGGUUCUCUAAACAACUCCUCGUCGACAUCCCCAUUCUGCGCGUCCUCUCCGGCGCGUCCAUCGACGACCUAGCAGCCGAAGGCGCCUCCCGCCUCUCCUUGGCCGCCAUCCCCCGCAUCGCCGACGCCCAAGGCCCCGCAAAACACUCCGAGGACUCUUCCACAGAGGCGUCCUCCGACGGCGCCUUCACCGCGCUGUCCACCACCAUCGAAGCCAACGAGCCCCUCGACGGCGUGGUACGCAAGGCCCCCAUGUCGCUGAUCCAGCAGUAUUCGUACACGCGGCAGCCUGCCUCCCUCCCCGACGCGACAAUCUCCCACAACACCAUCGGGGCCGUGACGGCCGCCAUCACGUGCUACGAAACCUCCCGCACGGCCUUCCGCCCCUCGGAAGCCUCCGCCCCCACACCGCAGCUGCACGUCCUCCCCGCCCCGACCUGGGGCCUGCGCGCCGUCUCCGUCGCCUUCCGCGCCGAGGCCGACGCCGCGCUGGCCAAGCUGCAAAAGGAAGCCUACGACCUGGCGAACGGCGAAACCUUCAAAAUCGCCCUCUCCACUUGGUCGCCCACGGCCCACCUCCUUUGUGCUCGCCUACCACCGCCUGGCCGGCGACGGCUCCACCACCAAAAACCUCGUCGCCGAGCUUACACCGACUUCUUCGCGGUCAAACAACGCACCCUCCUCGCCUCGGGGGGCAUGGACGCGUCCAUUGCGUACUGGACGUGUCUCUACAAGCCUCUGCCCGCACCGCUCCUGCUGCUGCCCCUCCCCGGCGCGAAGCGCGCCCGAGGACCCGUGAGCUGGGACCAGCACACCGCCUUGUCCCGCCUGUCUGCCGUGUUUGCGUUUAGAAUCAAAGAGCGCACCAAGAAACUCCGGACGACGCCCAUGACGUUCUAUCUUGCGGCGUACGCCGCGCUGCUUUCGAAUCUGUCCAAGCAGGCGCAGGUAUCCAUUGGCUUAGCCGACACGAACCGCUCGUCCGUGGCGGACUUGUCCACCAUGGGGUACUUUGCCAAUCUGCUGCCCUUGCGCCUCCACGCCUCCUCCGAUUCCUUUACCGCCACCAUCGAAUCCGCCAAGGGGGCGGUACGGCAGGCCAUGGCGCACUCGGUCGUGCCGCACGACGUGAUCGCGGCCCGUCUGGGACUGGACGAUACGGUCGUCUUGCCAUGGGCGAUGACGUGCGCGCCGCUAUUCCAGGCGGUCUUUGAUUACUGCCAGGGGGCGGCCGAGUCUGGGGCCGUGGGCGGUGCGCGGAUCGUUGAGGUAGUGGCGAGCUGGGAGCGCACGCCGUAUGAUGUUCUGGUGGAGAUGAGUGAUGAUCCGACGAGGGAUCCGCUUGUGACUGCCAAGUUAUAG